CGGAGUAUUAAUCCAUCUUGCGAUCUCAACUCAACAUCUAUCCGUUCAUCCAUCUAAAACCCUAGAGCCUCUCUCCUGAAGAAUCAUGUCGGCGGGUGAGCUGACGGUUUUGCAAUUCACGCCAUCUCCGACGAGUUUAUCGGCGAAGGUUCACCCACUGGUGAUAUUCAACAUAUGUGAUUGCUUUGUUAGAAGACCUGACCAAGCUGAGCGAGUCAUCGGGACUCUUCUCGGCUCUGUUUUGCCUGAUGGCACUGUUGACAUUCGUAACUCUUAUGCUGUUCCUCACAACGAGUCGUUAGAUCAGGUUGCAUUGGACAUCGAUUACCACCACAAUAUGUUGGCAUCUCACCAGAAGGUCAACCCGAAGGAAGUUAUUGUUGGAUGGUUCUCAACAGGUUUUGGAGUCUCAGGUGGCAGUGCUUUGAUUCAUGAAUUUUAUUCCCGAGAAGCAACAAAUCCUGUACAUUUGACUGUAGAUACAGGGUUCACAAAUGGAGAUGCUACUAUUAAAGGUUUUGUGUCUGUUAACUUAUCUCUCGGGGAUCAUCAACUAGCAUCACAGUUUCAAGAAAUUCCAUUAGAUCUAAGGAUGGUCGAAGCCGAGCGUAUUGGAUUUGACGUCCUUAAGAAAACAGCCGUAGACAAACUCCCAAAUGAUUUGGAAGGGAUGGAAGAUUCAAUGAAGAAGUUAUUAGCUUUGAUUGAUGAUGUCUACAAAUAUGUUGAUGAUGUUGUGGAAGGGCGUCUUGCACCGGAUAAUAACAUUGGAAGAUUUAUCUCGGAUACUGUGGCAUCUAUUCCCAAAUUAUCUUCCUCGGCCUUUGAGAAGCUUGUGAAUGACAGUAUUCAGGACCAACUAGUGUUGCUGUAUUUGUCAAGCAUAACAAGAACACAACUCAGUCUGGCAGAGAAGUUGAAUACAGCUGCUCAAAUUCUUUGAUGCUCGGCCGUGGGUCUUUUUCUUUAAUUUCUCAAAUCCGUAGGAACUCUAGUCUUAUUUUCAGGCUAGGGCAAAGUGAAAAAUUAUUCUGAUUUUGUUGGAUUAUCUAAACGAAUUGCGUAUUAUGCCUUUUUCCUGUCUGCCCUAGAGAAAUGUUUACCUGGAGUUGUAUUUUUUUUGCUUGCUAAUUUGUUGCCUGGAAUUAUCUGGGUGCAUAAAAUCCUUUUUAUAUUGUUUAUGAAAUGCAGAACACGCCAGAUAUGUUGAAAUGUCA